CCCUAAACUGCUAGCCGCCAUUUCCCUUCUCUCUCUCUCUCUCGUUCUGAUUCUACUCGCGCCACACCCCAACAAGAAACAGCCUCUCUUCUCUCUUCUUGCAAAUCAUCUAAGAUCCUAUACGUACAACUUUUCUUUCCAAUCCAGACUAUCAUCAUUUGAAAAGAAAAUUGUAAGUCUCAUGGAUCCGGAUUCGUUGGCCGCUUCUUCGACCACCAACGCACCAAGGAAGGUGAGAUUUGCACCAAAAGCUCCUCCCAAGAGAGAACAAAAGCCUGUCUUGCCCAAAGCAGAAAAAGUUGAAAGUGACCUUGAGGAAGCUAAGGCAGAGCAGCUUCUACGCCGCCUUAAUGAAGCAUCUUUGAAAGGAAAGCCUAAGGUUGAAAGGAAAGCUGGGCCGACUCAAGUUGCGUUUGGUUAUGGAGGAUCGUCCAAUUCCCUCAGGUCGUAUGGUGUUAAGAAGAACAUCAACAGGAUUCCAGGCUCAUCUUCUGAUGGUGGUGCUGAUCAAAGAAUUGAGAAAGAAUAUAAGGAACCGUGGGAUUAUUACACCUAUUAUCCCACAACACUCCCCUUGAGAAGGCCAUACUCUGGAAAUCCAGAACUUCUUGAUGAAGAAGAAUUUGCCGAAGAUCCACAGAACUCAACCUAUGAUGAAUCUGCAGAAAAUUCAGCUUUAGAGCUUGGACUAUUGGAUGAGAAUAUGGAGGAGACUAUUUUCUUCCUUCAAUUACCAUCAAUUUUGCCGACUACAAAGCAAUCAACUAAUGCAGAGGUCCCGGAGGCAGAUAAGAAGGCAAAUCCUGGAAAGGGUGCAGAAGCAUCGCAAAAGCCUUGUAGGUUGGAAGACUUACCAGCCGGCUUGAUGGGCAAAAUGUUAGUAUACAGGAGCGGUGCUAUAAAGUUGAAGCUUGGUGACACACUAUAUGAUGUAUCUGCUGGUCUGAAUUGUGUGUUUGGUCAAGAUGUUGUUGCCAUCAAUACAGACGAUAAACAUUGCUGCAACAUGGGGGAAAUCAGCAAACGUGCCAUUAUCACCCCUGACACAGACAGCAUGUUGGAUGCUAUUGCUGAUCUAUGAAAUCUUUUGUUUCCUUAGCUUUUAAACUUUUGCUUAUAUACAAAGACCGGAAGCACAACCACUGGGUGCAGUGCUUGUUCCACAGCCUAUUUAAACUGGUAAAUACCGAUACAAUAAGCUUGUGCGCUUAUGUUCAAAGGAUUAUACAGUGAGUCUGGAUGCAGAAUCCGAGUGGUGAUACAUUCUUUCUGAAACAUAUUCUCUUCAACAGUUUUGAGGAUGUAUUGUAAGACCACAUUUCUUGAUCAUAAAUGGCCUUAUUUUUCUUACAGAGGUUUACUACAUUUAGAAUGACAUCACUACUUCAAGUAGGUGGAUCAAUGAUCUGUGCUCCAUGUUACAAUGACACAAUAAUGUACCUAAGUAUUUACUUUUCCUGUGUGAACAUGCAGACAAAGUUCUAGGGGGUU